AUGAAGUCGUCGUUGCUUUUGGCCGUGCUUGCGGGCGCCGCCAAUGCCUCGCUUAUGGACCCAAUUAGAGGUUUUUUCCAGCAGGACGUUAUCCAGAUAAGCAAUCCACUUGAGUCAUUGAGACUGGUGUUUUCUGGGGAAUUGGCUCAUAUGGGCGCUGAGGGCGGUGAGAUCUUGCUGGUUUGGGAGCAAAUGGCUUCUGAAAUGGGCAGGGACGCUGUUGACCGAGCGAGAAAGGCGUACGAAACCGCUAAGGACCUUAAGCAGAGCAACAUGAACAACCAGAAGAGCAGAACUGGCGCUGAGUUUGACGUUCAAACAAACCCAAAGCACCCGGGAUAUGCUUUGAGAGCUAAGAAGACUAACCCAGAGAUUUUGGGUUUGGAUUCUGUUGAUCAGUACACUGGUUACUUGGAUGUGGAGGAGCUUAAGAAACACUUCUUUUACUGGUUCUUUGAGUCGAGAAACGACCCUGAGAACGAUCCUGUCAUUUUGUGGUUGAAUGGUGGCCCAGGAUGUUCUUCCGCUACUGGUUUGUUCUUUGAAUUGGGCCCGUCGUCCAUCAAUGCCACCUUGCAGCCAAAGUUCAACCCUUACUCCUGGAAUAGCAACGCUUCGGUUAUCUUUUUGGACCAGCCAGUUGGUGUUGGUUAUUCUUACACUGAGGGCGAGGAUAUUGUAUCGACUGCUGCAGCUGCCAAGGACGUGUACAUCUUUUUGGAACUCUUCUUCCAAAAAUUCCCACAAUUCAUUAAGAACAAGUUCCAUAUUGCUGGUGAAUCCUACGCUGGUCACUACAUUCCCGCUUUCGCUUCCGAAAUUAUCAACAAUGCCGACCGUUCUUUCGAAUUGGCUUCGGUCUUGAUUGGUAACGGUAUCACCGAUCCUUUGAUCCAAUAUGAAUACUACAGACCUAUGAUGUGUGGUGAAGGUGGAUACAAGCCCGUAUUGACCACUGACCAAUGUGAACAAAUGGAGAAAGACUACCCAUUGUGUGCUGUUUUGACCAAGGCAUGCUACCAUGCUCAGAACGCCUUCACCUGUGUGCCAGCUAACUUGUAUUGUGAGAAGAAACUCUUUGGUCCUUACAUUGAGACCGGUUUGAACCCAUACGAUAUUCGUAAGGAUUGCUCUGAUGGUGGUAGCUGCUACGUUGAGCAGGACUACAUUGACGAGUACUUGAACGUUGAUUUCGUCAAGGAGGCUAUUGGAGCUGAAACCGAUAUCUUUACUGGCUGUGACGACAAGGUUUUCCAGAACUUUAUCCUCAACGGUGACGAGAUGAGACCUUUCCAGCAAUUUGUGGCUGAAUUAUUGGAGAAGGAUAUUCCUGUCUUGUUAUAUGAGGGUGACAAGGAUGUCAUUUGCAACUGGUUGGGCAACCGUGCUUGGUCUGACGCUUUGGAGUAUUCCAAGCACGACUUGUUCGAGGCCCAACCUUUGCGUCCAUGGCACACAAAGGACGGCGUGUUAGCCGGCGAGGUGAAGAACUACGACAAGUUCACCUUCGUUCGUGUCUACGACGCUGGCCACAUGGUUCCAUACGACCAGCCAGAGAACUCUUUGGACUUGGUUAACAGAUGGAUCCUGGGCGACUACACUUUUGGAAAGUGA